CCUGACCAGCUGCACGCGCCGUUACCUGUCCUCACCUGCCGGUCACCUGCCGGCUCACCUCCCCGCGUGAGCGCUGUAAACAGCGCACGCGCAGCUUCACCUGCAGCGGUGUGCUGUGCUAUGCUAGCUGCCGUUAGCUGCCGUGACGUCAGCGUCGCUCUAAAAAACAUUAAAAACAUUAAAAGUGACGUUUACCGGAGGAUUUACCGGAGGAUUUACCGGGAGCAGGUUUACCGGGAGCAGCUGUGGCACCGUCAGACUCACGUUACAGCCGCGCGCGUGCAGCCGUUAGCCGCACUCUGCGCGCGCGCGUCAGGUCACCAGACUUCGUUUGGAAAAACGUCAAUUUAAGAAGUUUGAGCUUUAAAAGUGACGAAAGUUGAAACCUGGACUCAAACUCUGACCCAGGUUUAGAUCCACAGCUCGAGGUCUUUAAUUCGGCGCGAGUCGCUAACCUCAGCCAGAAAACCGGACUGUGAAGAACACCGGACGACACGAUCGCUCGCGGAGUCAGGAGGAGGCGUGGGUCACCUGUGCAGAGAAGCAUCCGAGGCAGAGAAGGAGGUGGACUGAAGAGGAGCGCACAUGGCUGGCUUCCUGGAUAACUUCCGCUGGCCAGAGUGGGAAUGCAUCGACUGGGGGGAGAGGAGGAACGCCUUGGCUUCUGUCGUCGCUGGAGUUCUAUUCUUCACGGGCUGGUGGAUCAUGAUCGACGCGGCGGUGACGUAUCCGUCCCAGGAGCAGAUGAACCACGCGUUCCACACCUGCGGCGUCUUCUCCACCAUAGCCUUCUUCAUGAUCAACGCUGUCUCCAACGGCCAGGUGAGAGGAGACACGUACGGAGAGGGCUGCCUCGGCAGGACAGGAGCUCGUCUGUGGUUGUUCAUCGGCUUCAUGAUGAUGUUCGGCUCGCUCAUCGCCUCCAUCUGGAUCCUGUUCGGAGGCUACGUGGUGCCGAAGAAAGAAGUGGCGCCCGGGCUGGCUGUGUUCUUCCAGAACGCCUUCAUCUUUUUUAGCACUCUGAUCUACAAGUUUGGCCGGACUGAAGAUUUAUGGGGUUAAAGGGGCCUGAAAAACACACACACACACACACACACACACACACACACACACACACACACACACACACACACAAACCGAAUGUUUUAUAAAAGCUGCAUUUGCUUUUUAAAUAGAAACCCGUCAGUGCUGCUCAACACACACACACACACUCUCUCUAGUUCUCGUUAGAUGCUUUUGUAAAUGUUUGGUUCACUCUGCUGCUCCUCGAGGAAAAACACUUUGAACAGUUUGUAUUCGACAUGACGCGAGUCAGAAAAGGGAAAUCAUCUUUCAGGUUCAUCUAUUGAUUUUUUUAUAAACGUGUUUUGAAGUGGGCGUCAGUGAACGCACCGCAGAGUUCAGCACAUGCACUGGAUCGUGGCGUCUUUUAGAUUUGAGUGUUUUUUGGCCUGUUUCCUGUCGGCAGGUCAGUCGACGAGCGUUUGGUCGUCUACGGAGAGCGAGCCGGUUCAAAUAUUCACACCACUUUGACAACGUGUGAACUCAAACAUUGAUUUCACUUCCCAUUGUCUGAUGAACAGGCAGGUUAAACCACUUCCUGAUAUUUAACAUGCUCAUAUUUGCUUAUUUUCUUUCAUUCUUUAUUUAUUGUUGUUAGUUAUACAGAAGUUGUACUUGCUCAAUGCUGGUUUUCAGUUUUUAAAUUCAUUUUAUUGAAUAUUUAAAGGACAUAAAUCUUUUAUUUUUAAUUUAUAUUGAAAUAGUGUUGCAGUUUUGGAUUUAAUGUGUUUUCUAAAAUGCCGUCAUGGUUUCUGGAAUGUCAGGUUUUCCAUUAAAUUACAAUUUUCCAAAAUAUGUUGUGUUUUUUGUAAAUCAUCAGCCAAUGGGAACUGAGUCAACAUUAACGUUAACGUGUCCUGUGUAUUUGAACUGGCCCUCUGUAGUCCUCUUGUACUUUGUCCUCCUUUAGCUCUUGUUUCUAUCCCAAUAUGUCCUGUAAAGUAAGAUGUAAGUAUUCAGUAAACUUUUUUGUUUUUAAUAUUUAAGUAUAGAACAGAUCAUGUGAAGCGUCUGCAGUAUUAAAAUGACUUUGUGAUAUCACACUCAGAAAUGUGCUACGGGCCAGUUUUUAAUCUACUUUGAAAAGCUUCGACUUGCAUGGAGUUAAAAUAAGAUGGAAAAAAUCUGUGAAUCAUUUGUCGGACUUGUCAAGAGAUUCAAACGUGAAAAAUAAAGAAAAUGUUUUAUUGGACAAUGCUG